AUGCUACGCGAGACAUUGGAUACUGCUGAUGGAUUUGGGAUAUUUGAGCUUCAGGAGCGAACCUUUGUAUCACUGGCCAACAUUACGCUGUUUACGCUGCUCAGUUUGGUAAUCACUCCUUUCUAUUUUUGGAGAUCGCCUGGCCACAUGAUAUUUACGUAUCUUAUUCCACUGAUCCCGUUCAUUGUGUUGUAUGAUGGAUACGUGAGCGCGCUUAGGACUCGUACCCCCGAGGAGAUCCUAUCGUUGGUGAACGGCUGCUCUGCUUCUUCGGAUGAUUGGUCAUUUGUCCAUGGACACGAUCUGAUCACUUCUCCUACUGGCUACAUGACCUGGUUUGUCGGAGUGAGAAAGCAAAAGGUGGAUAUAUCAUAG